CGACUCCAUCCGGCUCUUUAGCCCUGCCCUCCGACUAUCCGCAACCGCGGGGACGGGUCUCGGAGGCGGAGGUCUGAACCGAAGUGAUGACAUCUCUGUGUGCAGCGUGUCGAGCAUGAGCACCGAGCUCUCGGUCUCCAACGAAGACAUCCUGGAUCUCACCGUCACCUCCGACUCCAGCGCCAUUGUUACCAUGGAGACCGAUGACAGUAAUUUCUCAGACGUGACGCUGUCAUCGGAGAGAGACCUAUGGAGCCCAGUAGGUGCGCAUCCGAGGUCCGUUGGCACGCAGCAGGAAGAGGACGGCAGGCAGAAGAAGAUGGGUCCUCUGCAGAGCUUGUUCAACAGGAGCCUGUUUGCCAGGAGGGUGAGGGACAGUCAUCCAGCGGAGCACAGGGAUCCCGGCUGGAAGCUGUUUGGAAAAAUCCCGCCACGAGACGGCCCCAUUAAGGACCCGAAGAGCAUACAGAAGGAAUAUGAAACAAAGAGUAGCAGAGCUGGACCUGGCAACUCGACGUCUCCCAGGCAUGGUGUAAGGAAAAACCUGGACUUUGAGCCGCUCUCCACCACAGCACUUAUACUGGAGGACCGGCCUGCUAAUCUUCCCGCCAAGCCAGCCGAAGAGGCCCAGAAGCACCGACAGCAGUAUGAGGAGAUGGUGGCCCAGGCCAAGAAGAGAGAGUUAAAGGAGGCUCAGAAAAGAAGGAAGCAGCUGGAGGACCGCUGUAAGCUGGAGGAGAGCAUCGGCACCGCCGCCCAGAUCUGGAACCUGGAGAUCUUGCCCAACUGGAGUACAACGUGCACAUCUCGACGGGUGAGAGACCUCUGGUGGCAGGGCAUCCCCCCCAGCGUAAGAGGCAAAGUGUGGAGCCUGGCUGUGGGCAAUGACCUCAACAUCACACAUGAGCUGUACAGUAUCUGUCUGUCCCGGGCGAAAGAGAAGUGGAGAUGCACGCCGACACAUUCUGUAGAGGCUGAACCUGAAGGUCCCGGUUCGUCAGAUCGGGAGUCGAGUCUGGAGCUGAUCAAACUGGACAUCUCGAGGACCUUCCCCCAUCUGUGCAUCUUCCAGCAGGUGCAGGGGAUGUCGUUCAUCGCAGCAGUGCUAAUCCUGAACCUUGACACAGCAGACGCCUUUAUAGCUUUUGCCAACCUGCUCAACAAGCCCUGUCAGAUGGCCUUCUUCAGAGUCGACCACAGCCUUAUGUUGACUUACUUUGCCGCAUUUGAAGUGUUCUUUGAAGAAAACCUACCAAAGCUCUUUGCACAUUUUCGGAAAAACAGCCUGACGCCCGACAUUUAUUUGAUCGACUGGAUCUUUACCCUGUACAGCAAGUCGCUGCCGCUGGACCUGGCGUGCCGGGUGUGGGACGUGUUCUGCAGAGACAGCGAGGAGUUCCUGUUCCGCACGGGGCUGGGGCUGCUGCGUCUCUACCAGGACGUCCUGACCACCAUGGACUUCAUCCACAUGGCUCAGUUCCUCACCCGCCUGCCCGACUUCAUCCCCGCCGAGCAGCUCUUCCAGCACAUUGCUGCCAUUCACAUGACUAGCCGCAACAGGAAGUGGGCGCAGGUCCUGCAGACGUUACAGAAAGAUCCGGAGCGAGGAAGCCCAGUGCUGAAGCGCUGAGUCUGCACACGUUACUGGACUGAGCCAGGACUCUAGAGGGGGAUCGGGGUGGGGUGGAGAAAGGAAUAUGAGGCCUUAUUUAUCCCCCUCUAUCCCUUCUGAAGACUGUAUCACACACUCUCACAUUCAGCAGGAGGAUCAAAAGGAAACCACAGCGACACCACUCUCAGAUUGGAAGCCAACCAUCUUUCUCCACUUCUCCGAUAUCGAUAAGUACCAGUCAGGGAAAGUGACCGUGAUGUCGUCAAAUGGAGCUCCAGAGUCCGACAUGUGAAUGGCAGCGUGAAGUGGAACUUCAGCUGGUGUCUCUGUAUCUCAUUCUAUUUCUUGCAGCUUUUUUUCCCCUCCGAACUUUAGUCAUUCCUUCAGUUAGAUUUUGUCCUUGUCUGCUUUUCGUUUGUGUGUUUUGUUUUGUUGCUGCAGACUUUUUUUUUUCCUAUCCUGUCCAUGAACUUGUAAAAUGAUUUUUCACGGUUCGUUUAUGUCGAUGAAACUGGAGUGAAGGAUGCUGCUGUCACACAGACCUCCCUUAAUGUUAGCGGUACUGUUAGCGCAGUGGGAUGUCUUUCAAGCGAAUUUAUUUAAUAUUUAUCAAAAGGACACAAAUGAAGCGUUGUUUCUUAGCCUCUGUCCUGUCCAUCAUACACUUGAUGUGAAUAAACACGUACACUAGAGGAUGUGAUGGUAGUCGACAUGCACUGCAGGCGCUCUGAUCAGAGGGCACUUGACAAUUACCUCUAGCUAGCACUGUCUUUUUUUUUUUUUCUUUUUUUCUACAGAAUCUGUCUUUACAGACUGCUUCUUCAUCCUUGCAAAUGGUCGAUUUCAGCCUUUUUUAGCCCCGUUUUGUGGACCGCUUUUCGUUCCAGAGAUAAAAAUUAAUUUGGUUUUGUUUUUUUAGAUCACACAUCUGUCCACGGUCAGUCAGCCCUUUGGGUGUAACCGUCGUGAGGCGAGCUCUGUGGCAGCGUGUCGGGGCCCUGCCAUGAUUAAUGUGUCUUGCUGACUGGCAGUGGGCGGGGCCAGUAUUCUCAUUGCUGUUUGUUCGGGUUUUAUUACCAGCAUUGUAAACUACAUUGUUUUUGUUUUCCUCCAUUCACCCUUGCACCUCUUCUCCCCUUAAGUCAUUUCUUUCUUUUUACUUAGAAUGGCCCUUAGAUGCGGCCGUUGUUGAGCCCAUAAGGGAAUUUGCACAGACCGACUCAUUAUGAGACAUAAGUUUAAAAGUGCAGAUGUAUAUUGUGAUGCUGACCUUGUGCACAGAGGACUUGUGCCCUUCGCUAUCGUUGCCUAGUUGACCUCUCUGGUCCCCAGCGAGACCACAUCAGGCGUUGUUAAAGGCCUGGACCCCGGACGCACUACAACACAGGUUCUGGGUAGGAAAACCAAAGUAACAGGAAGCCCGUUGGGUUAAUGCCUGCAAACACACAUCAGCGUCGCACCACAGAACACUUUCUCAUCUCACACACACACACACACACACACACACACAGUGCAGACACGAAGUCCCCCACCCACCCCAGUGUGGUGACACGCUGCAAUAAAGCUUUUUGCACACAUA